AUGAAAAGCCCUUUGGAUAUCAUGACAGGUAUCAUUCAAAAAUUAAGAAGAAAGCGAAAGCUCUCUUCGGAGCUGCACUCCCGCUGGGGAGAUGUGGCUAUCACGUAUCCCAAUGCCGGCUCCUGGAGUCAAUAUGAACAGUCACCUGUUGGAACACCCAAUUCGGUACCCGUUAGAAUGUUAGACCACUGUCGACGACAUGGUUCCCUUGAUUCGCUCGAUCGCCAUGGCCACAAAUCUACUCUACCUUCGGGAAACUUCAAAGAGCGGACAUCGUCCACUGAUUCGGCCAUGACUAUGCCGACGGGACACUACGACUCAAAGCUACGAGGGCGAUCGAAGAAAAAGGCGCCCCCUCCAAGUCCUAUACUAGGACCUAACGCCCAUCCUACAGUGAGGGAUGGGUUUGACGAAUCUUCGACCGAUGAGGAAGAGGAUUCCAUAUCCGGCCUUUAUAGUCCGAAGGGGCAAUAUCCACGAGACAGGUCUCGCACCAAAUCCCACGAGGAAAGCGGUGCCUAUUCGCGCGCGUCCAAAUCACCGCCGCUGUCGGUCACAUCACGAAUGCGCCAUUUCAGUUUGCAGAGUGCUACAACCGACCCGACAGCAUCUAUACCAGCUACAUCCAGUUCGAGACAUACUAGUUAUACGUCGUCUACCCCUUCAGUGCCGUCGGAAGACCCUCGACUUGGACACCGACCGAGUCCUCGCGAUACCAAGCUUAUGCAUCGGCCGAAGCCUGCACCGGUUGCAGAACAGGAGUUAGUUCCGUCGUACGAUGAUCUUUACGGAUAG